UUAGUUUAUUUCUAUGGAUUAAUCUAUGGCCUUAUUUUACUUACUACAGGUGACUUUAGUAAUGUCCUUGAUUAUCAGAAUAAUUUAGCUUGGUCAUGUUGCACGUCUCCUCUUCAUCAUUGGGUUGGAGGUGGGGGGAGAUGGGAGGGUGUGACCUUGGAGUGUGAGAGAUCGGUGCUGUGAGUCUGUAACGGUCCCAGUACUCUCUGCAGCUCUAUAGCAUGAUUGUGUCAUUUUGUAUCGGCUCCAAACUGGAGCUGGGACAUUUCAGGACUUUAAUCCAGCUCCUACACAGAUGCAGAUAAACAUAAGCAAUCUAAAUACUGUUUUUAAUGCACACAGAAAAUAUACACUGCUUUCUGUAGGUAUUUGUGCACACUUUUCCACAUUUGGUAGUGUUACAACCUGGAACUGGAAUGAACCUAUGUCAUGAAACUGAAACCAAAAUUUGCACAUGAUAAUGAAGUAUAAGGGAAAAAAAAUCAAUAUAGUUUGUGAUAUUAUUUAUAAAUAAAAAUUGUGAUUACAGUAUUCACCUCUAUUGCUGUGAAACUCCUAAGUUUGAUCUCUUCGUUAAAUAUUCCCAUCUUCAUAUGCUUUCUAUCAUUUAAUAAUGUAUUUAAUGUCGCUCUGUGGAUUUUCUAACAUUUUUUUUUUUAAAUAACAGAUUAUUAUUUUAGAAGGGAAUGUGAAUACUUGUAAACAAUCACAACUUUUGCACUUUUAUUUGUAAAUAAUUUUUACUGUCAUUUUUACUGAGCUAUAUCUGUUUUCCCCCCCUUGUUUCAAUAUUAUGGUAUAUUUUGUGUAGACUUUUAAUCUAGUUUUAAUCCUAAUUUCAGUCAAUUCUGUUCCAGGUUGUAACACGACAAAAUGUGGAAAAGGGAGUGACUACUUAUGUAUGCCACUGUAGCGACAGGGACUGUUAAUGUAUCAUACCAUGUGUUAUAUAUGGUACGUUGGACAUGUUGAUGCUUAUGGUAAAUUAGGUUUUAUAUUUAAAUUUAUAGGAAAAUUUAUAGAUGAUCUGGAUCUUUUUGUGUGUUUGACACAAAACGAACCUACAAUAUUUUAACUACAAUAUUAAUAAUCUUAACUGUUGCUGAUGAGUGUCACUUAUCUACUGACGAUUAAACCCAGAUGGGGUUUAAAACUGCUUUUGGAUUUCCACUGAUUUAAUGUAAAAAAAAAAAAAAAAAAAAAAAAGGUUGAUGUUUUAUCCUAUUGUUUGCUCAUAUGUGUGUAUAAGCCUGAUUAAUAUUACUGUGUUUCCUCAUCGGCCCUGUAGCAGCACUCUCUACAUUCCAGAUGAUGUAUUGCUUUUCUAUGUUUAUACAAUAUUUUUUGGCAUUUUCAGUAUUCUACCUCUUAUAUACAGAUAAAAAUAUACAGGCUACGGCUGUACAAUAUUAUCCUGCAUAUACAGGAGAGGCAUUGAAAUGCAAAACACUGUACUGCUUAAAAAAAAAAAAAACAAAACAAAAAAAAAACAGAAUAAAAUGCUGAUUGUUUUGGGCAUUUGAUGCAAAAAUGGUGUUUUUGUUUUCUCUGUGUAUAGACAUUCACACUCUCUUUUUAGAGGAAUGGAAAUGGAGGUACGGUAUUAAUACCAUACAAAAACUUCCAUCUAUUUGCACAAGCGCAGGAGCAAUUAAAAUUUAGAAAUCUAAUGAGCAGAUAUUCUCCAUGACAUGCAGUAGAGCAUAUAAAUGGCUGUACUUUAAUGGAGCGGAGGUUUGAGCUUUUUGUCAAUCUGAGCUCUUUUCACAGCAGGCGCAGCAUAGUGGGCGGCUGAAGAUGCAAGCGUUUCCACGGCUUGUGCUUUUUGAGGUGCUAAUUGUGUUCACUCGUAAUUGAAUGUGUUGCCGGCUGUACUUUGUUGUAGUUUUCUUGGGGAUAAUUGAUCCCUCCGCUUUACCCCAUUCCUUCAUUUCCUUUCCAUGUGAAGUGAAUCACGUAUUCAAACUGUAGAUGAUGCUGAGGUCUUAAUAGUGAUGAGAAAAUGGUGUCCACAUGUCGGUUCUUCAGUUCAGCUCUUUUAGGUGAACACUGAAAACGGACUUGCAUAGAUAUUGUAUGCAAAAGUUGAGCAGCUGAACAUUUCUUAUGUAAGAGUCUCUUACCUUGUUAAGCUUUAGUUGACUCGUUAAUUAAGUAGGUCAAGAAUUGUUAUUAGGAAUAAAAAAUAAACAAAUUUCAGGUUUGAAAUUCUGGAACUUUUCCUUACACCCCCUAACCAUGUGCUUCCCAGUGCAGCUGACUGAGGAUCUGAAAAUCAAACUAAUUCCUACAUACAAAGCAGAGACAAGGCUGUAAAGAUAUAUAUUAAUAUGCUUCUGGUUCACAGUUCCAAUUGUCUGAAAUGUCAAUUAGAAAUGGGAUAUAAAAUGAGCUAUAGAGGUCAGUGCAAGGUCUGGGAGACCAAUACAACUCUCAGGUAGAACUGGACAUUCGCUGGGCAAAGCAAAAUCCCCAAAUCACAGCAAAGAGCUGUAAAAGGUUUUAGCUGACAGGAGUGGUAGUGCACCAUUAUACUCAGCAGGACCUUCUGCUCAACAUUGAUCUUCAAACUCAUGUAUCUGAUGAACAUCUGAUGUAUGGAAAACAAUAUCUAGAUAAGACGUGUGAGAUUUGUGUGGACUGAAAAUGGAACUCUUUAGCCACAAGAUAUGUUUGGACCAAAAUAGGAUAAAAUAGGAAAUUGAAUGCUUUGUGGUUAUGAAAACACUGGGAGAUGGAUUCCAGCAAAUAUAAGCACAUUUUGGAAGAAACUAGCUUUUAUGAUCACCUUUUGGUACCAUGACUUAUACACUAAAAAUAUGUAAGUAGGUCUUAAGUUGUACAGUUUUGUACAUGUGCCCAUGAUCACCCCAGAGUCCUGUACUUUCCUGACAGGAGUGUGUCCUCAUGUGAUCUUCUGCUGUUGUAGCCUAUCCACCUCACCACAUUUGUGCUUUUCUGCUCACCAUGAUUAUAAAAAGUGGUCGAGUUACAAUAUCUUCCCUGGCAGAUCAAACCACUCUGGCCAUUUUCCCAUGACCUCUCUUAUCAACAGUGUUUCAUCCACCCAAAUUUCGCUCAGUGUUUGUUUAUUUAUUUAUUUUCCACAAUUCUGUGCAAACACAAAAUUGAAAUUCCCUGGACAUUAGCAGUUUAGCAGCAAAAAACCAGCCCUUCCUGAUACCAACAUCAAUAGUUAAUCACAUUUUUUCUUCAUUCUGAUGUUUGAUGUGAGCAUCAGCUGAAGUUCUUGACUUAUAUCUGAAUGAUUUUAUGCAUUGUGCUGCUGCCACCUGAUUGGCUGAUUAGUGCAUACAUGAGCAAGUGUACAGGUGUUUAAAAUAAAGUGACUAUGUCUCGUGUAAUCAUGGCUCAUGUAGACAUUAUUAUUGUUAUUAUUAUUAUUAUUAUUGUGCCCUCCCCCACUCCUAUGUGAAUGCGCCGCUGAUUGGUGUGCAUUUAAGUGUUCAUUUCGUUCAGCAUCAGUCAGAUUAAAAGCUGUAUUGAUGAUGUUCUCUCACUCGGUCGCGUGCGUUAGAGAAGAGAGAACAGAGGGAGGAUGAAGAGCGGAAGCGCGCCCCCCCAAACACACAAACACAGACGUACGUACAAAACCGCGGCUGCAGCAUCAGCACCAGGGAAGACGGAUAAAGCGAUAGAGCGAUGCUGGUGCACUCCCUUCCCUUCGCUCGUACAGUGAGCUGUGAUGUGAUGUGAAAGUGAGGCUCGUGAGCGGUCAUGCAGAACAGCACGGCGGUACGGUGCGACACCGGAGCCGCGGAGCGCAUCUCCAUCGCCGCUCUGUUCUCCUUCAUGUGCGCUCUCGGCACCGUCCUCAACCUGUUGGUCAUCGGUCUGGUGUUAAGCUUCAAGAAGCUGCGCACAGCGAGCAACGCCUUCAUCGUGAACGGCUGCGCGGCCGACUUGCUCGUGUGCGCCUUCUGGAUGCCGCACGAGGCGGCCGUGGCGGCAUCAGUGCCAUCCCCGCUCUACGGCGCUGCUCCCCGCGACGCGCUGCUGUUCCUUGGCGCCACAGUGUCGCUCCUGUCGCACUCGCUGAUCGCCGUGAACCGCUACGUGCUGAUCACGAAGCCGCCCGCCGCCUACCACGCGCUCUACCAGCGGAGGCGCGCGCAGGCCAUGAUCGCCGCGUCGUGGAUCGUCGCGCUCGCGUGCCUGCUGCCGCCGUGGCUUGCGGUGGCUCGUCGCCCGGCGUUCGCUUGCGGAUUGAUGCUGCUGAUGCUGCUCUCCGAACCCUGGGCCGCUGCCACCCUAGCGCUCACCAUUCUCGGCCAGACCGCGGUUGUAACGUACUGCUACUUCAAGAUCUUCCGGCGCGUGCAGAUCAGUGCUAAGCGCGUGAGCGUGCUGCACUUCCAACUCGUCAACAACCUGCCGUACUCGUUCCCGAGAAAGGACAAACGGCUCGGCGUGCACGUGCUGGCCGUGUGUCUGGUGUUUGUGUUGACCACCGAGCCCGUGUUGUGGACUCUGACCGCGGGCCUGUUCGCACCCGUACCGGCGGCGUUUCGCACGUGCGCCUGGCUCCUGUUCUGCUCCGUCUUCGUGUCCGACCCGUUCCUGUACACGUGGAAGAACGAGGAGUUCAGAAAGGCGUUCAGGUCUGUCCUGAGAGGUGACUUCUGGCGAGGCUCCACCGUAGCCGCUGAGCCCGUUACCGUCAGCACCGUUGCUCACGUUUUCCCCCGACAGAACAGUCGCAGGGCGUUUUUAGCCGAGAUGAGCUAAGAGUUGUUUUAGAUAAUGCACUUUUUAACGCUCCCUUGCUGACCUUCUCUUACAGUGCUCCCUGGGCUGGAUCCCUGCUCCAAAUGUGAUAUUUUUAACUGAUGCACUCUCAAAAAUCGCAGUCAAAAUGUUCCAUGUCACUAUGGUGGUACCAAAUGUACAUCUUUUCUCAUUUACAAAAUGGUGCGUAAAUGGACCACAGUUAGCUUUUAAAACUACACUACAAACACGUUUCCUUCUAACAGAGUUCACACUGUAAAAUGUGCAGCUCUUAGUGCCAUUUCAGUGACAGGAAAAGGUACACUGUACACUCAGUGCAGUUUACAUGAAGCUUACUCACAUUCACUACUUUCACAUUACAAACAUGUGCUCCAUCUCUGAUUUACUAUUUACAUUCAGGUUUUAGAUUAACCAACAUGGAAGCAACUCGAGAAAUCUAUCACCUAAUAUUGCUUACAAACCUGACGAUCUGUAUCAGAUUUUAAUACUACAUACACAUACCAUGUCUCAUAUACAUUACCUUUUCUUCUGUCUGAAUCUCUAUCCUCAUCUUUUGUAGCCGAAAUGUAGGUCUAUUAUAUAAAUUAUUUAUGUUCUGUAAUUAGUUUUAAAAGUAAAGAUAAAAGGUGCUGAACUUACAGGUACCACCCCAGUGACAAAUAAACAUACAGUUUAAUUUAGUUUAGUUAAUGUAAAAUAAAAGUGGCACAAAUUUGAAAUAAGAUGUCAGAUUCAGUACAUUGCUGCGGUUCACACUAAUAAAUAAAUAGCCACAGAGGAUCAUUAAUAAACUGUAGACUUCAAGAGCCAAAGUUACCCAUGAUCUGCACUGCAACUGGCAAAACAUUUUAGACAAACUUUCUUUAUGUGUUAUGUCAUCCACAGACUUUGUAAAAAUGGCAAAAAAAAUGUAAUUUAGCAUGCUACUUACCAAGCUGAUACAACCCUGACUCUGACUAGUUUCUUAAUUGGUCACCUUUGGUUUGCACAUAGCAUUCAAAUGAGCAAGAAAACCCACUUCAUUACACACUGCUUCACACUCUCAUCCUCGUGCUGCAAGUGGUCAUUAGUGUGCUACACUUCAGCUGCACAAAUUCUCGUAUUUUUCCUAUUCUCACAAACCCGAUCCAGCUCCCUGGCUCAUUACAAAGCCCUACACACUUCUUGUGAGAGACGUGAGAGAAAGGCAAUGAGGUGAGGUUGUGCUAAAAACACUGCUGAAACACAGCUAUGGAGGAAGGGUCUGCAGAGCUUAUCUUUCUACCUCAUUACUCUAAACAGAAAAGUGUAUUUUUUUUUUAUUCUGGGCACUUUAUAGUGAUUAAUAUGACAUGUGGUCAAAUGUGAUGCUUUUGAAGUACUACCCAGCUCAGAAACAAAGAUAUGAAACAAGACAGCAACAUUGAUUUUGAAGAAAUGUUUGAAUAUCCCGCUGAUGCUGAUCUUUAAAUACAGAGGUAUGUUUAAGACUAAUCUUCAUGAAACCACCAAUCGAAUCAAUGUGCUUGGGGGAUGCUAACAACAAAACGUUAGUUAUAUGCUAUUAAUGUGAAUUGUUUAGUAAUUUGCACAUAAAUCAGAGGAUCAUGAAUUUUAUUGAGAAUCUGAACACUAUAGCUCCUCAAGGGUUCUUUGGAUGGUUAAUGGUUUCUAAUCUUUCUAAAACUGUUCAUAGGUUUAUAAAUGUAACUUUCUUAACAGUGUGUGGGAGAUUUUCAUUAAGAAAAUCUGAAACAAAAAUAUUAUAAACAAGCAUAAAUGUAUGGAAAUAACUUUAUAUUCUUUACAAACCCGAUUUGGAUAUGGAUAAUUUAAUUGCGAAGGUGCAUUCGGUGUGUUAUAAGAUGGAAUAUUGUUCAAUUCUGCGGGAAUACACAGUGUUCGUGCCAAAUGCAUGCCUUUUGUUGACGUUUCGAGGAUGAGGCAGUGUUUUUCAUAUCGUUUUUUGUAAGCGCAGUGUCGACUUGUGAGGAUUUUUUGCUAAACCGUUUACAGACCUUUGCUGCUUUUUUCAGUGAGACUGCAUUUGUAUGAAAAUGUUGAAUUAAACUGUAAUAAACUGUUCACUGCUGUC